CGCUGCAAGAAGAAGCCGCUGGAACUGGAAGCCCAAAUUGUUUUUAGAAAGCCGCCGACCCCCCUGUCUUCGUCUUCCUCGCUUGGGUUCCUACUUCUUUCCGUAGCCACCACUACUGAGGGAAGCGAUGGCAGAGCGGCUCUCCACCACGGCCUCCUACCUCGGUGCCUGCCUCCUCCCCGCUGCAGCCGCCAGGCGGGCGGCGGUGGCCCGAUCGUCCCUCCCCCUCCUCCCAUCUCCGCCUCGCGCCUCCGCCGCCCUCCGCUCCAUCCACCUCAUCCCGGACGGCCACCGCACCGCCCUCCGCCCCUCCUCUCCGCUCUCCUCCCUCCGCCCCCGCCUCUGCCAGAGGCCACAGGCAACGAGCCGGGCGAUCAGCUCAUCCGCCGUGUGCUCGGCGUCGGAUCCAGCGCAGCUGAAGAGCGCAAGAGAGGAUAUCAGGGAGGUCCUUAAGACCACCUUCUGCCACCCAAUUCUGGUUCGUCUAGGAUGGCAUGAUGCUGGUACAUAUGACAAGAAUAUUGCAGAAUGGCCACAACGGGGUGGAGCUAAUGGAAGCCUGCGAUUUGAAAUAGAACUAAAACAUGCAGCCAAUGCUGGUCUUACAAAUGCAUUAAAGCUUCUUCAGCCUAUCAAGGACAAGUAUUCUGGUGUUACUUAUGCAGACUUGUUCCAGUUAGCCAGUGCUACAGCUAUUGAGGAGGCUGGCUGCCCCAAAAUCCCCAUGAAGUAUGGAAGGGUAGAUGUAUCUGGACCUGAGCAGUGCCCACCUGAGGGGAAGCUUCCUGCUGCUGGCCCGCCAUCACCUGCUGCUCAUUUACGGGAUGUAUUCUACAGAAUGGGCCUUAAUGACAAGGAGAUUGUUGCAUUAUCUGGUGCACAUACUCUGGGAAGGUCCAGACCGGAGCGUAGUGGUUGGGGCAAACCAGAAACGAAGUAUACAAAAGAUGGACCUGGAGCACCUGGAGGACAGUCAUGGACAGUGCAAUGGUUGAAGUUUGACAACAGCUAUUUCAAGGAUAUCAAAGAACGAAGAGAUGAGGAUCUACUAGUUUUGCCUACGGACGCUGUUUUGUUUGAGGACCCCUCUUUCAAGGUUUAUGCUGAGAAAUAUGCGGAGGAUCAGGAUGCAUUUUUCAAGGAUUAUGCUGAAGCUCAUGCGAAACUUAGCAGUCUGGGUGCCAAAUUUGAUCCUUCUGAGGGCAUCUCAAUAGAUGACGACUCAAAAACCACAGCACAACAGCAAUUUGUGGCAGCCAAGUAGUCUUCUAGCCAAAAAAAGGCUUAAAAAAUCAACAAAUAUCUUUUGUUCUGCUGCAUCUUUUAAUAACACGAGAUGAAGCUUUUCCAACAGUGUGAAUACUUUGGAAAAGAGAUUGAGAAAGUAAAAGAAAUAAAUAAACCUUAUACUUCAAAUGCAAAGAGAACUAUCGGAGGCCAUGAGGCAGAAGGGGGCAUAGUAUGAAGCAAUUGGAGGCAGCCCAGAUAAGCCUCUUAAAUCCAAUUACAUUUUCAAUAUCAUGAUCCUGAUUGCUGCCUUGGCAUUUCUGGCGUCUCUGCUUGGAAACUGAACAUCAUUUCGUUUUAGCUUGUGCUUUUACCCAUCUCCAGUGCCAUUUUACGGGAAUUAGGAGUUGGUUUUAGUUUAGCAUUGAAAUAUAGUUUUGCAUGAAAAUUUUGAGACGUGGGUAAUAACCAAUUAUUGAAGUUGAGCACUUAAGAAUUGCUAUAGGUGCCUUUCAUAAGUGAAUGGCUUAACUGGUCUACAUUGUUUGUUCAA